AUGGUGAGGUGUGGUAUGGUGAGGUGUGGUAUGGUGAGGUGUGGUAUGAUGAGGUGUGGUAUGGUGGGGUGUGGUAUGGUGGGGUGUGGUAUGGUGAGGUGUGGUAUGGUGAGGUGUGGUACGGUGAGGUGUGGUACGGUGAGGUGUGGUAUGGUGAGGUGUGGUACGGUGAGGUGUGGUACGGUGAGGUGUGGUACGGUGAGGUGUGAUACGGUGAGGUGUGGUACGGUGAGGUGUGGUAUGGUGAGGUGUGGUAUGGUGAGGUGUGGUAUGGUGAGGUGUGGUAUGGUGAGGUGUGGUAUGGUGAGGUGUGGUAUGGUGAGGUGUGGUAUGGUGAGGUGUGGUAUGGUGAGGUGUGGUACGGUGAGGUGUGUUAUGGUGAGGUGUGGUAUGGUGAGGUGUGUUAUGGUGAGGUGUGGUAUGGUGAGGUGUGGUAUGGUGAGGUGUGGUGUGGUACGGUGA